AGACAACAAAUCAAAACCAACAAAGAACACAAACAUUUGUUGAAGAACAUGAGGAACAAUACACAAGGAGAAGCCUCAUCAUCAUCAACCUCCAUCAUUGAGGCACCAAAACCAAGCUACUAUGCACAGCAACAUGGGACAGCAAAACGCACCAAGCUCAUGAGAAUCAUAGGACGAAGCUUGUUGGCUGUCAUGUUCCUUGUCGGUCUUGCUAUUGUCAUUUGUUGGCUUGUUGUCUUCCCCAAAACCCCAAAUCUUAUAUUGGAAAAUGGCCAUGUAACACCCCAUAGCUUAACUGAUAGAAAGCUCAAUGCCUCCAUAUCUUUCACCAUCAAAAGCUAUAACCCUAACAAAAGAGCCUCCAUUCAUAUGGAUUCUAUGAAGAUGACACUUGAUGAUAUGGGUCAGACGUUUAUCACCACGAUCCCCACGUUCACGCAACUGCCCGGAAACCAAACCUUCUUGACUCCCACCGUCGAAGUCAACUUCAUAUACCCUUUCGGGCAAAUGAAAGAUUUGAUGCUAUCAAAUGGGUUGAAUCCCGAACUUCACUUCUCGGCUCAUGUCAGUUACAUUGUCGAGAAAUGGGCAUCAAAACGUCGGUCGCUAGAGAUCUAUUGUGAUCGAGUCAGGCUUAAGAUCAAUGGUUCAACACCUUUCGAUAAUACAAAAUGCAAAGUGGAUCUUUGAGAUUUGAUCCGAGUUUGUUCUUAGUUGCAUAAUCGCCAAGAUUUGUAACUUACAAGUUUGAUUUUCUUUUUCUUUUUUGAAUUUAAUUGUUUCUCUAGGAAUAUUCUUGCUUUUUAAAUUAAUAAAA